UGACUUUGCGAUAGGACGGCAAAACUGGACUGACCAGUGGACAGAUCUCGUUGCACAGCAUCUGAAAUGACGCUUCUCUUUUAUUUGCUCGCGGUGAUCUUGAUUUUCAUCGACAAUGGUGCGUCUGGUGUGGAUAUAUAUGAUGUUUCAGUGAAAGAAAGAGAUUCAGUCAUUUUUCACACUGGUGUUGAAACAAACCAACAAGAAGUUAUUAAAUGGUAUUUUGAUGAAACUCGCAUAGCUGAAAUCAGUGGAGAUCUCAGUUAUAGUUGUACAGAUGUCCGGUGUAAUGAAGGCACUGAGAGAUUCAGACACAGACUGAAGCUGGAUCACCAGACUGGAUCUCUGACCAUCACAAACAUCACAAACACAGACUCUGGAGUUUAUGAACUGAGGAGCAUCAGGAGCAGCGACAGCACUGACAAGACCUUUAAUGUUAUUGUCACUGGUGAUGAAAAGAAAAUCAUAUCCGUGAAGGAGGGAGAAUCUGUCACUUUGGAUCCUGAUGAUGCAAAAACAACAAGCGAUGUGAUUACAUGUUUUUUUAAUGGCACAUGCAUAGCUAAAAUUACUGGAGGUCUAAAUAAAAUCUGUACAGAUGUUCAGUCUAAACAAAGUAAUGAGAGAUUCAGAGACCGACUGAAGGUAAAUCAAAAUGGAUCUCUGACCAUCGCGAACAGCAGAAUCACAGACUCUGGACUUUAUGAACUACAAAUCAAGAGCAACAGGAAGGGCUUCAGCAUCAGCAGAAUGAAGAUCUUCAGUGUUUCUGUCAUUGCUGUUCCAGGUUCAGGUCCGUCUUCAGCUUUUCCAGGUUCAGAUCUGUCUUCAGGUGUUGUAGCAGGAAUAGUUGUUGCUGUUGUUCUGCUGGUUGCAGCUGUAACUGUUGGUGUGAUUUGCUGUCGCCGCAAGAGUCAUACAGCAGUACCACAGAAUGAGAAAGAUCAACUCGCUUGAUCUGAAAGGCAAGAGGACACGUCCUUGAAUCAGACUCAGGCCAACAAAACGGUGUAACAUUUAUCAUUUUGACAACAUAACUGAAAGGGAAACUGAGGAGUGGAAAGAAGAGGAUCAGCUUCCAAGAUUUCAGUGAUCAGCACCAAUACCACUCAAAUUACACCUGUUACAAACCAAUUUACAUAUGAAAUCAGAAACUGAUUUAAAUGAUAAAUAAAAAUAUGUGGGGCCAGAUUUACUAACAGCUUAUACCAGUUCAAACCCUCAUUUGACGUAAAAAAAAAAAAUGCUUCCAGAAUUAAUUAUAGCGCUCUCACGCUCAUUUUCCCUGUUGGUCCUUAGCCUUAUAUGAGCAAUAAAGUAAAAAAACAAAACAUUACCAGCAAUAGAUCAGCGAGUGUUUGAUGUUUUCAGUGUGUAGAAGUUUAUUAAAGCUGCUGAUCCAGACAGAAACAGUGUCAAUUGCACUAUAAUCUGGUUUGAUGUAUCAGUUAUUUUGACCCGUCUGAUUACAUCCUUUGAUAACUGAUUGAACUAACUGUUUUUCUAUAAUUACCUCAACAAGACGGGCAUUAUGACUCCUCAACAGAAGGGCAGUCUGCUCUACUGAUGCUGUUGGUGGUUUUACUGGUAUUUUUAGUGUUACUGGAAAAGUUUGUUGUCAAUAUGUUGCUAAUGUUUAUAGUUUAAACACUAACACUUAGUCAUCAACCUUCAUCAGAAAACACUUUCCACCGGCCAUACUGGAACCAAAACCAGCUUUUUGAAUGGUAAAACACAUUUUGCUGAGUAUAUUUUUUAUGAAUUUAACUGGACACAUAUGUGGUGUUAAACAUGAAAUAUACUUGAUAGAAGAAUGUUAUAGCAAAGUUAAUUAAAUUAUAGUAAGUCUUCAUUCAUUUCUUAAAUAUAUCUCUAUCUUCAUAGAUGAAAUGUGCAAAAAUGAGUCACAAUGAAAUCCAAAUGUUCUGUUUUCCUCUCUGAAGUUGUGAAGGAAUCAUCUGUGUCAUUUAUUUAAAUGCUGAUUAGUUCAUUUUAUUGGUUUCCAUGUGAGGAGUUGAAGACCUGUCGUGUCAUUUUGUCUUCCAUCUCGUGUCUCUUUCAGUUCUGUUGUGUUCAGCUGCGAUUGUCAAGUGGAAUGAUUGUAUUUUGUUGAUGUGUUUGUCGAAUAUUAUCAGUUUGAUGGAGAUUGCCUUCACUUAAAUACUCUGCUCAGCCAUUCUAGCCUUCAGCUUGUUCCUUGUUCCAAUCUUUGGAUCUGUAUUUCAUCUGGUGCUCAUUGCAAAUAUGUAAAUGGCCUUAAUAGAGGUGUGUCAUGGAAGUUUAUUUAUGUCAGGUUAAAGUUACAUAAGUUAUUUAAGUGUCAAAAUUAAUAUAUGCUAAAGCAUUUAGUAAAGAUUUAAGAUUUUAAGAAGUGGACAUGAAUAUAUAAUACUUUUACUAAUGCAAGACAAAGUUUCUUUUUAGAGAGUUUUAUACAUUUUCUUUUCUGUAUUCUAAAGCUUUACAUCAGCUGAGAGAAAAAAGUGCCUUGAAGUAAAACCCACAUCAACACCAUUUGACUUUCAGAAUAAGGAAAUGAACUUGAAAAAUCUUUGUUUAUAUGAUACAUUUUGUUUAUAUGAUACAUGUUAUUCAAAACAUGUGAAUAACUCAUAACGGCUGGAAUCUCUGUCCCUCUUAAAUAUUUUUGUGUGUGUUGUCAGAAAUAGGCUAAGUAAGCUAAUAUUGAGUUAUAAAUGAUUCCAACGCUGAUGCACUACUUUCAUUAGCAACUAUAUUAUAUGGUUGUACAGUAUGUCCUUUGUUGUAUUGUUAUGUGAUGAUUGUUAGGCAACUGUGUUUGUUUUUGCUGUCUGUGUGGUCUCCAUCGCUAUUGUUUAUGCUGCUCUGACAGGUGCUGAUUACAUUCACCUGCAUGCCAUUGUUAUCAACUAACACUCCAUCCAUUUCCUCCUGCAGGAAACCCAGCAAUAAAAGCAAAGAAAGACACACAACAAGCAGAGACCUGUUUUUUUUUCUUCCUGUAAUUACUGGACAUGGAUUCUUGCCUUUUACUAACACUAAUGUUUCUAUAAGCUAACAUGAGUCAGGAUUUGAUUUGAGCUGUUGUGUCUAUGUUCUGAAAUGUGAUGCAUUAAAUUUUCACCUUUUUAUUCUUGGAAAUGAAAAUUCAAUGACCAUACAUCUUCAGCUUUCCCAGAACACACAAUGACGUCACUAAACAGUGGUGGUACAAACCUGUCCUGAAGGACCCUCAGCACUGCACAUUUUGGA